GUUUUAUUGGUACGUUUUGGCACACUGCCCCUUUAAGAACAUUCAGGAUUUUGACGUGACCCAAAAUGGUUCUGAUUUUGACCCAGAGAGGUUUGACUUCCUUAUAAGCAGUGAAGAAAGUGCAGGCUUAGGCCCGGCCCACGUUGAUUACAGGAGCUGCUGCAGCGGACUCUGACCCACUCAGCAGCAGCAUGUUUGCGCAGAGACGUGGCCGACCUCUUUGUCUCCUCGUACAAUGACAGACGGUCCGGUGCGGCGCUUUGAGGAACUGCAGAAACUUGUAUGACAGACCUCUAGGCGGAUCCAGCUGAAGCAUGGCGCUGCAAGUGCACCUCCUGGCCUGCGCCUUUGGCCUGGGCUCCUGGGUGGCGGUGAACGGCCUGUGGGUGGAGCUUCCCCUCAUCGUCAACGCUCUGCCUGAAGGCUGGGAGCUCCCCUCAUACCUCACGGUCAUCAUCCAGCUGGCCAACCUGGGCCCCCUGCUGGUCACCCUCAUGCACAAACUGUGCCCCGGUCGUCUCAACGAGCGCGCCGUCAUUUACUCCGUCCUCGCCAUCGGCAUCGUCUCCUGCAUCCUGCUCGUCUUCUUCUGGGACAAAACAACGGUUGUGGCGGGGGCGUCGCGCAGCACCGCCUUCUUCAUCAUCACCUUCUUCCUCUCUCUGGUGGACUGCACAUCUUCAGUGACAUUCCUGCCUUUUAUGAUGCAGCUUCCAGCUAAAUACAUCACCACCUACUUCAUUGGAGAAGGGCUGAGUGGUUUCAUCCCCGGGAUCAUUGCUUUGGCGCAGGGCGUCGGCAUGACCAAGUGUGUCAACAGCUCUCACGCGGCAGGAAACCACUCAGACGAGGAAGUGUGGUCAUUGCAAACACAGUACCUUCCUCCAAACUUCUCCACACAGGUGUUCUUCUCCUUCCUGGCGGCCAUGAUGUGCAUUAGCUUGGCUGCGUUCAUUGGGCUGAACAGGCUGCCUAGGACAUACGAGCUGUCUACGGAAAACCUUGUGCCGGACACGGUGGGCACGGUCAGCUCUGGGCUGGACAACCCAGCAGCAGAAACUGAUGGCAAGAAAAGUGAGCAGGGAGAAGAGAAGAGCAAACCGCAACGCCCCAUUUCCCAGCUGGUCUUCAUGUACCUCCUAGUGAUUUGGGUCAACGCUCUGACUAAUGGACUGCUGCCAUCGGUCCAGACGUACUCCUGCAUGUCGUAUGGGAAUCUUGCCUAUCAUCUGUCUGCAGCUUUGGCCUCAGUGGCCAACCCAGUGGCCUGCACUAUUGCAAUGUUCUUCCAGAACAGGUCUCUGUUGUUUCUUAGAUUCCUGACAUUGCUGGGUACAGGCUUCGGGGGCUACAACAUGGCCAUGGCGGCUCUGAGUCCCUGCCCUUUGCUGCGUGGGUCUGCUCUGGGAGAGGCCAUCAUUGUGCUCUCUUGGCUUUUGUUCACUGGGACGUUGUCUUACGUUAAGGUGAUGGUGGGAGUCAUCCUGAGAGACCGCAGCCACAGCGCCCUCGUGUGGUGUGGAGCUGCAGCACAGAUGGGCUCGCUGGUCGGCUCCGUCACCAUGUUCCCGAUGGUUAACGUUUACCGGCUCUUCAAGUCGGGAGACUUCUGCAACACCGAGUGUCCGUUAUGACAGUCGGCCUGAACGUCUCAAGACUCUCAAGUACAAAAACAGAUCUGCACUUCAGGACAUUUGUGUAUUUAAUUACUUUAUAGCAGCAAAACGCCAAAAUCUACGACAGAGUGUUAGGGCUAGGCUAAGAAAAAA